AUGGGGAUAUCUUCUGAAACUAGUGCUGCCCCGGGGCUUGGCUUGGCCGGACCUGCCGGCUUGGCUCCUGGCUCGGUAGCGGGAAUUAUGGUAGCAGGGCCGGGAGGCUCGGUGAUGGAAGAGGAGGCAGUUCCAAACCCGGCGCCGCUCCACGUGGACGUGGUUCGGUUGUUAGGCUUGGCAGCAGCUGCGGCGGGCCACCAGCCUGCCACCGCAGCUGUCUGCGUGCUCCGGCUGCUGGACAGGCUCGGGAAGCAGGACUGGGAGGCUCGGUACGGCAAGAAGCUGGAGGCGCGGCACGGCAGGCCCGGCGGCCGAGCCGAGCACGGAGGCUCGGAUUCAGACGAGGAGGAGGAGGAUUCGGAGGAUGAUGAGGAGGAGUCGCUUAGUCCUGGGAGUAUGGCUAGUGGAUGGACCAACGGAACAGGGCCCGGGAGCAGAACGGCAGGGGGGUUUGGUCCUGGGGGGAGCAGAACAGGGGGAAGCGGAGCAGGCGGGGGGAGCAGAGCCGGGGGGAGCAGGGCGGGGGGGAGGAGCGGGUGUGGGGACGGGGCGGGGUCGACGGCUACAGGAGGGGCUGUGGCGGAGUGGGAGAAUGCGAGUGAGGCGCAGGAGUGCCGGGAGUUUGUGCUGCAGUGCCUGCUGGAUAUGGUCGAUGCUGUUGCUCUCAAAUGCCAGAUCAGGAAGCGGCCUGGUGGGAGCUACGCUGCUGGGUAUGGGGAUGGGUAUGGGGGAAAUGUGGGGUAUGCGGGGUAUGGGGAUGUUGUGGCUGCGCCUACCCCCACGGGGCAGGUGUCGUUUAUCAAGUCGUUUGGGGGCGAUGAGGAGUUUGCUGCUCUUCUUGCUGGCUCAGCUGGUGGGGGAGCUACGGGUUUCUCUGGUUCUGCUGGUGCUGGAAUGAUAGGUUAUUCCCCUAGAGGAGCCAUGGGUUAUUCCCCUACCAGCAACAGGCAGUCGCAGUGGGGAAUCGGGGGCGACGUGCAGGGGGGGAUUGGAGAGGGCCGGACGGGGAGUGGGGUAAGUGGUGGUGGGGAGUGGUUGGGUGAGGUGGGAGGGGGACUGGAGGAAGCUGCUUGGCGGGUGGCCUUGCUUGGGGAGGAUCCGAAUCAUCAGGGGAAUACUCAGGGGCAUAGCCAUCAUGGCAUGGGGGGAGAGUCUAUGGUUCCUAGCAGCCCGUCCGGGCAGAAAAAAAAGCAUCGCAGGCAGAGAAGUUUCGUGAGCGCCUGCCCGAUUCCCGUCGUGCCCCCACCAUCCAAAGCCCGGUUCGACUCUGCUGCUGCUGCAUCAGCUGCUGCUGCGGGGGGGGAUGGGUUAGGCCCCGCUCCAUUGGUUGAGCUUGCUGAGCUGGCAGUUCUCCGCUCCAUCCUCCAAUCAUCGUCCAGCAUUAUGGGUGCAUUUGGUGCACACAUGCCUGCAGCUGCUGCUGCCACCACCAGCUCGAGCAGAACCCCCAGUAUGGAUUUCGACAGUGACCUUCAGUAUAGUCACCCCCUCUUAGUGCCCCUUCCUCAAUUCGCCAGCCCGCCUAAGCUUCGGCAAUUAGAUGGCGUUUUGGUGUCUUCCUCUGCUGGAGGUCCGGGGCUGUUGGUGCUGCUCAUAGCUACCGAGGCGGCUCGGUUGCCGAACCUAGCCCCGGACGACCUCUGGCUGCUGGCAGACCGAUCCGAGGAGCUCAGGCUCGGCGAGGCUUCGGUUCGGAUCCGCAUCCGAGCCUGUGCUUCGACGUAUGAUGAUCCCGAGGGGGUCCGGGAGACGGUUCGGUUGGCUCUGGUUCCCAAUGGUGCCGAACCUUUGCCUGGGGACGAAGAUGAGCAAGAGGAGGAGAGAGAGGAGGGAGAGGAGGAGGAUGAGGAGGAGGAAGGAGGGAGGGAGGGUAGGUGGGGAGUUGGCGAGGAGCAGUUGCAAGAGACGAAGUUACUGUGUGCGAAGGUGAUUAUGCGAGUGUCUAUAGAGCCACUGCUGAUGCAUGGGUUGGAGAGUGGGGAGAGCGAGGAGAGUGAGGAGAGUGGGGAGAGUGAGGAGGAGAGAGGGAGUGUGGGUGGUGGGAAGAGCAUCGGCCGUGCGAGGGAGUGGGAGAGUGGGGUAGGAGAGAGGUGUGGGAGGAUACAGGAAGAGGCAGAGGAGGAGGGGGAGAAGGAAGAGGGGAGGGCAAAUGGGAGAGGAGAAGAAAGCAGAGGAGGGGAAGGAAGAGGGGGGGAUGGCAGCAGGUCGGUAAGUGCCAAGGCACGGCACCAGCUGUCAGUGGUGGUCCCAGAAGGACCUGUGAAAGCCGGGGAAAGCGACGAAAUCGUCAAGGUCGGCAGCGGGAUGGGGGCUCGCAGCGGGGCGAGUGCAGCAGAACGGGCAGAGGAGGAGCGGAGGGAGAGGAGGGCGGAGAGGAGGAGGGAGAGGGCUGCGAGGAAAGAGGAGGCAGUGGCAAGGUGGGCGAGGGAGGUGGAGUAUCCAGAGGUGGAGGUGGGUUGGGCGCAGUGGAAGGCGAUUGGGAGCCUGCUGGAGGAGGAGAGGCGGGAGCACUGUGCACUGGUGCCCAUGUGGGGCAAGGCCGUCCGAGGAAGCUUCAAGGUGCGUUCCGCCUUAUCAAGACUUCUCCUUUCCUCAACUUGCCUUCUCUUCAGAAGUCCGUCUCCUCUUUCCCAGUUUCUCCCCUCUCCCUCAGUUUCUCCCCUCUCCCUCUGUUUCUCCCCUCUCCCUCUGUUUCUCCCCUCUCCCUCUGUUUCUCCCCUCUCCCUCUGUUUCCUCCCUCUCCCUUUGUUUCGUUUCCACUCCUUCAAUUCCCCUCAUCCCGACACGCCAACACCCGCUAUCACAGGCCAUUCUGCACGAUUCCACUCCACGAGACUGCUUCCUGGUCCAGCUCUUCAACUGGGGCCUAGAGGGUCUGCUCAUCUCCUUCGCCACUUCCCGUCCCUUCCCCCGCUCUCCUUCUUUCCCCCCUCUUCGCCUCCCUCACAACUGCAGGCUAUUCUACAUGAAACUGCUCCACCAGACCCCUUCCUGCUCGAGCUCUUCGACUGGGGUCUAGAGGGCGUACUCAUCUCCUUCGUCUCCUUCGCCUCGGCCACUGACCCUCGUCAACACCUCCACCCUCUUAUCUUCUCCCUCUUUCCCCUCCUCUCCCACCCAUCGCAGGCCAUUCUGCAGGACGCUGCUCCGCCAGACCCCUUCCUGCUCGAGCUCUUUGACUGGGGCCUAGAGGGCCUCCUCAUCUCCUUUGCCUCGGCCGCUGACCCCCGCCAACACCUGCACCGCCACCGCCGCUCCUCCUCUUCCUCCUCCUCCACCUCCUCUUCCCCCUCUUCCGCCUUCAAAUCCCAAGCCCAGUCCCAGUCCCGAUCCCACUCCCGCUCCUCCUCCUCCGCCCUGUCCCCGUCGCAAUCCCCCUCGCAAUCCCAUCCUGUCCCCACCUCUUCCACUGCCAAAAAGCCUCCGCUAUCCUCCUCCCCUGCCUCCGCCUCCUCCCCAUCCUCCUCCUCCUCCCCUCGCACUCCCUCUCACAAGCCUGCAAUCCCCCCGCCCCGCCUCUUUCCCCAAGCCUCUGCCGCAGCCUCCCGCGCCCGCAUGCUGAUUGGCUGUAGCGCGUGGAUUGACCAGGUUGUAGCAGUGGUCUGCCCGAAAGAAAAAGAAGUGGCAGAGCUGUUAAUGGCUGUAGCGAUGAGAAUGGCCGCCCGGGUGUUUUAUAAAUGGCCAAGGCACACGGAUAACGUGAGGUUUAUUGCGAGGUUGCUGCUGUAUGUGCAUCGGCAGGGGAUUGGGGGCAUGGGGGAGGAGCUGAGGGAGAGGGCGGCGAAGAUCAGCCGGCAGCUGUGGGGGUGGAGCUUGCCCAGCUUUGCUUCAAUUCGCAUGCAGUGUGAGGUGAGUCGGAAUGGGGGGAAGAAGGAUUGCAGGGUUGAGCUUGGGAUUCAGAAAAUAGGGGUGCGAGGGAGGUGUGGGGGAGAGAGUGGUGGGAGAGAGGGGAAGUGA